AGAGCAAUAUCCACUCUACUUACUCAAUGCCCCUGUUUUGUGAUUCCAUUCUCCUGCUGUCUGCUAGGCAGGGAGCAGAAGUUGCAGGACCUGGAGCUGCCUUUGAGGUGCAGAAUGGCCUUCAAUUCGUUAUGCAAAGAUGACUUACUGCGCCCCAGGAUACGAAGCGCUUUGAGCCUGACCCCCAGAAGCCGGAGCAGUUAUCAAACGCCAUCUCUGACGGAGCUUCAACGCCUGCUGUGGACACACAAACCUUCCACUGGCCACGUGAAUGAAGUCUGGCCAAACCUCUACGUGGGAGACUUAUAUACAGCUCGGGACAAAGAGCAGCUGCGCCGAAUGGGUAUCACCCACAUUGUGAAUGCUGCUGCUGGCAGAUUUCACAUUGACACUGGAGCUAAAUUCUACAGAGACCUGCCUGUAGAUUAUUAUGGAAUAGAAGCUGAUGAUGAUCCAAAUUUUGAUCUCAGCAUUUACUUCUAUCAAGCUGCCAGAUAUAUAAAAGCAGCGCUGAAUUCUCCAAGAGGCAGAGUAUUAGUUCACUGUGCAAUGGGGAUCAGCCGAUCAGCAACGCUUGUACUUGCUUUCUUAAUGAUCUGUGAAAACAAAACCCUUGUUGAUGCAAUUCAGGCUGUGUGUAAACAUCGAGGGGUCUGUCCCAACUCCGGCUUCCUCAAGCAGCUUUGGGAACUAGACAUGCGAUUAGCAAGGGAAAAAGGAAGAGGAAUAGAUCCCCUCAGGCUUUAGAUGGGGGGACGUCUUCUGAUUAUAGACCAAGAUAUAGAGGUUGCCUCCAGGAAGACUGUACCUCUGGCAAGAUAGAUGAACCCGGAUUAUGCUGUAGUUGCCUGGAGAAAUCCAUAUGGAGCGAGCAGGGAGAGUCUGAAAUUUCACCUCCUGCAGAAAUACAAGCCAGAUCCUCAGUUGGUGCCUGUCAAUGUCGUUCCACUGGACUAAUGCCAAUUCAUACCAGCUGACCAUCUGGCCCCUUCAUUGGAUCCCCUCCUUCCCCAGCAAACCUUAGUGGACUUGUUGGGGUCCCUCACAACCACCCCACACUCUCAGACCCUUAUAAUGAUCAACAGAUAUGUGAGGUCCCAGUGACGCGCUGGAAGCUGAUACACAUCUGUGAAAUCAUUAACACAACACAGUCAGAGCCCACAGCCACGUUCUGAAUGCUAUUUUAUAUAGAAACAAUCAUAGCUUCUAUUUCCAUUGUCUUUUAAUCCCAGUGUCUCAAAACACUUGGCAAAUAAUUGGUUCAAGCCUCUCAACCCCUCAGUGAGGUAGGUAAGUAAUGUUAGCCCCAUUUUACAUAUGGGGAAAUUGAGGCCCGAAGAUGGCGCUUGCUGGAGGAAUCUCUGCACCUUGAGGUCUUUAAACCAUGAUUUGAGGACUUCACUAACUCAGACAUAGGUUAGGGAUUUGUUACAGGAGUGGGUGGGUGAGAUUCUGUGGCCUGCAUUGUGCAGGUGGUCAGACUAGAUGAUCAUAAUGGUCCCUUCUGACCUUAAAGUCCAUGAGUCUACGUUAAACCCCACUGAUGCACUGCAAAUCAGUAACGAUGCCAGGAGAGGAAACCAGAUCCCCUGGCAUCUAGUGCCAUGUUCUAUUCAGAUUCUCCAUCUUUCCCUUUGAAAAAGGAACACUAACCUCAUGUCAGCAAAACCAAACAAUGCACCUACCAAAUCCAAAGCAGCAGCUCUGUAUUCAGUUUUCUCUUUUACGUCCAAUUGACCACAUUCUCUCUCAUGAACAACUGGAAGGAGAUAUUUACUUUGAUGCAAUUACAGCCCCAUGAAGCGCAUUGGCAAAGGCAAAUAAUAUAGAAUUUCCACUCGACAGCAGAUUAAUUUGGUGUGAUGUUUUCCCUGGAGAGUUCUUAAAGGCUUGCAGUAGUGAAAGUGUCAUGCAGCUUGUGUUUUUAGUACUGUGGAUUCUGAGCAGGAAUAGAGGGCUGUAUACACUCGCCCAGAACUGCUGGGUUUUUAAACUGCCACUCAGUAACGUUUUUACUGAGCGCAGCACCUUUCCUGUGUAUGUCUCAAAGUAAUAUGAAAAUGAGACUUCCCUGCAGAGUUGGUGGCUAAACUCAGGUGAUGUUUUCCUUUUCAUAUGCACUGGUAAGCCCUUGCCACCAGUGCUAAUGAUUUGUAUCCUCAAAGGGGUCAGGUGACAGCAAGGUUGAUUUUGUCUCCACUGUUAAGGUAGGACAGCUGAAAGAAGACCGAUCCAUUGAGGAAUGGAGAAAGUGGCUGGGAGGGAGGUCACAGUUAAUGAUGGGGAGUAGGGGAGAAAAUCAGUGUUGUAUUACAACUUUUCAAGGAAAAGCUCUAGGGACAAUGUGAGGGAUGUUUGGUAACCUGUGUUGUACAGGAGGUCAGGCUAGAAGAUCACAGUGGUACCUUCUAGCCUGGGAAUCUAUGACUCUAAGGUCUGAGUGGCCUGCUUAUUGGCAGUUUCAGCAGAGAGGCCAAGUAUUUCAACAAGCAUGGAAGCUGAACUACCCUUUCCCUGUUGUAGGUGGUCCCCCUCCAUGUCAGGGGCAGGGCGUAUUGAUGGGGCAGUGUGAGGAAUCUUGUGUUGUCACUGCCCGACCUGUACCUGUUUUGUGGAUAGAAGCCUUCACUCUCCACAGCUGUCAACCAGACACUUUUUCUGAGCACCGGACUCACUUUAAUUCGGUCUGUACGGUACAGUAGGGCAUUUCUGCGCAAUCCUAGCAGAGCGCAGGUGAUGUUAGAAAGGCACGAGUCCAAAGGCUCAAUGCAUUUAUCCAGCCCAGAGAGGUCAUAACCCCCAUAAAUUCCAUGCCUCUCCAUGAUUACACAGUGGAAUUAAAAUAAAACAGCCAAUGAUCAAAUGCAUUAUUGACAUGUGCCUUGCAUUAUAACAGGGGAACUUGGACUGCGACCCAGUCAGUGCUGUGACAAGGAAACAUGAUCAGAUUCCUCAGGGGGCUCAAAUUCUUAUCCCCAGACAGCUCUCCACCAACAGCAGCAGCAGCUCAUGUUCAACAGCACACAGCAAUGCAACACAAGCAGCAAACCUCACAAUAGCAAUGGCAUGACUCCCAUGACCACUCCAAGUCACUGCAGGCCCAGCAGCAUUAAUUGAACUAGCUAAUGAGGAUAAUAAUAUGUAACUUCUUCAUGGUGGUGUUGUGAGGCUAAGUUCAUGUGUGCAAAGCACUUUUAGUUGCUAGGAUGAAAGGUGUUACAAAAAGUCCUGCUAUGGCAGGUGUCACCAGGUGUCACUAUCCCAUGUAGUUUUCUAGAUUCUCUCUCUUAGCAUGCAAGCAAAUGUUGACUCAGGGGCAGGCGUGCUGUGCUGUUAGCAGUUCUGGUUAUGUAUGGAGUUUUUGCAUAGAGGCAGGUUUGGGUGAGAGGGAGCUGUAUGAGCAGCAGGAGACUGAAUCUGGGGCUCUGAUUAGAGUCAGUUCCUGAAGCAGAGCAGGCAUUGGAGUUGGGCUAAGAUAUCUGGAAGAAGGGGUUGCCCCAUAUGCUGUUUGACCAUCUCAAGUCAGGACCAGUGCACAUGCUGUCAUAAACAGAUAGUUAAGGGUUAAUGUCUCUUUCACCUGUAAAGGGUUAACAGUGAACCUGCAACACCUGACCAGAGGACCAAUCAGGAGACAAUAUACUUUAAAAUCUAGGUGGAGGGAAGUUUUUCUUUGUGUAUUCUUUCUUUGUCCGUGUUCUCUCUGGAUUCUGAGAGGGACCAGACAUGUAAGCAGAUUCCUCCAACCUUUCUGGAAAAAAUCUCUUCUGUUCUAAUUUUAGUAAGUACCAGGAAAAAGGCGAGUUUAGUCUUUUGAUUGUUUCUGUAUUUGCAAAUAUGUAUUUUGCUGGAAGUAUUUUAAAUUGUAUUUUGCUGGGGGCAGGCUUCUCUCUAGUGUCUAUAAGCUGAAAGACCCUGUAACUUUUACCAUCUAAA